CCUGACAUGGACUACCAGAUGUGGCUGGACCUGAGGAACCUGGAGUCCCGGAUGAACGAGCGCUACAUAACCCAUGAGAGCGACGACCUGCGCUGGCAUCACCACGCCCAGCUCAGUGGCCUCGACUACCCCUCGCACCUCGUCAACGGUCCCCCCCGUGGCGACAGUGGUCAGAUAAUGGAGCAUCAUUACAAGGAGCAGGAGGAGGAGCUGGAGACCCUCAGCGAGAGGGUCAGUGAACUCUGAGGACGGAACUCCAACAGGAGACGAGAAACAGCAACUCCAACAAAAGAAAAGUAGAAAAUGAAUUGAAACGCAAAUUUAGAUUUAGAAUUAAACCCAAUAAUUGGUUAUUUAUUAUGGAUAUCAGGGAGUUUAAGGUGUAAACCCGCCCUUAUUCUAUGAAAGCGUACUGCAUUCACAAAAGAAAAAAAUAAUUUCAUAAUAAUGACUUAACAUCUUAAAAUUUCAUCGCAUAUAUCUCAUAAUUAUGAGAAACAUAUCUUGGCUAGUUAGCUUCAGCACGGAGCUUUGUCUCGUUAACAUCCUUGUUUUGUCUGUACAAGGUCAUAAUUAUGAGGAAAAAAUCUUAAAAUUAUUUCUCAUAAUUAUGAGAUCAGUUUGUAUUGUAAAUAUUUGAUCCCUUCAACAGGAAAUCCUUGUUUUAAUGUACAGGUCCUUCAUCAAGAUCAUUUUUCAUUUAUUCCUGUUACAGGGUUGAGAUCUUUUGAUUAUUUUAUCAAGUAAUUACAAUGUCCUUUUUUGUAAAAUUGUAAAAAAAACCCAACAACAACUAAGAUACGGAUCUUAUAAGUACGAAAUGCCGAGUCAUAAGAUAAAACAAGUACCGAUAAGAUGAUUACGAGAUAAAUAUCUCCUACAGUUUCCAUACUUUGUAAUUGCAAGAUCACAUUUCAUAAUUUCUUUUUGCCUUGUAACAAUAUUUAUCUUUAUAAAUUAGAUUAGAAAUAGAUAAGAUCAUUACAACAUCCUUACCUUGUAUACACAAAACAAGGAUCUGUAACUUACGAAUGUAUUUCCGAGUAUGUAUACAGUCACAUUAAGUUUUUCUUUGGUGAUUAUAAUGCAGGUCUUAAGCCUCGACCCAACGACUUAUUUGUCACAGAGGCUAAAAGUCGGACUUCUUGUUUGAGACAAUCAGAAAAAGACGCUACAAUAAGCAGCUUUCAUUUACAUUCGGAAAACAUGAAACCUCCCAGUUUGUGCCUCUGGUGUAAUCAUCACUUUUCUACAUAAAAGACUUUGCACUGAUGAUUACAGUCAAGUUACGGAAACAAGCCACGGCUUUAAAUUUAAGUAAAUCAUUUAAGACAGAGGCAGAUUAUUAUUAAAAAUUUAAUAAGACAUGUCCAUAAUUUCAGAUUCUUCUGUCAAUAAGUUGUAGUAGAAUUUUGUUAAGUUCAGCUCUCUCGGCCAGUGUAUAUUCUAAAACUUGUUAAGCCGCACAAAGAAAGCUAAGAAAAGCGUCAUUAACGUUCAUCUCCAGCCUUAUUUUUGUUUUUUGUUUUUUUGGGGUGUGUAAUGUGUUACUAUAUAAAGCCGUUUAUGGAAUUUCAACUCCACUAAGGACCGUUCACAAAUGUAGUUCCAGAUGUUUUCCUUUGUAGGGUAGCAAUGAUGUGUCCGGGGUUUCAUUCCAAAAGGAGAUAUCCAGAAUUAUGGAGGUUAUUUAUAAAGAAAGCAACUGCAUCUGUGAAAAAAAUUUCACCAUGAUGGAGUACUGUUUUCUGAAAAUGGAUAUGUAGCAUUUUGGAAUGAAGAUCCUCAAUCAGUUAGAAAAAACAAAACAAAAAACAGUGCCAACAAAUACCAAAAAACACCCUAUUAACAGUUAUCCAACAGUGACGGAAAUGUUAAGAUAGUUUUGCAUCACCAGGGUUUUGUUAUUUCUUUUAAAAGGCUGUUUGGACCACAGGGAGGCGACAGUAGCAAAGCUCCCAUUUCAGUGGGUGUUGCCAACUGUGGUUUAACAAAACAACCAAUUG